CAAGAGCUGACCGUAAGAAUAAGUCACAAAUUAAAUUGUGCACGCGCAUUCAAAUAGAAAAAGAGAAUAAGUCUAGCAUUAUUUAAUCGCCUUCACGUGUAUUUUGCAAUAGUGAAAUAAUACAAGCAAGCAGCAGUCCAAUCGUGGCAUCAAGAGAAAUGCAUAAGGCAUUACAUAAGCAGCUUUAUAAAAUAAUAAUCGUUUAAUGAAAACGAAGCAGCCGCGUUCGUCUCACUUCAGAUUGAAAUAUAUUUCGUCAGCCAAAAAACAAUUUCUGUGCUAAAGCUGCAGAGUAACUGUAAGAAAAUUGAAAAAUACAAAAAAAAAAAAAAAAAACUCGAACUGAACACAGUCCACAGUUGAUUUGGCAAAAAGAGAGAGAGAGAGAAAAUAUGUGCUCGGUAACAAAACAAAGGCAGAAAUGUAUAAGUAUACGCAGUAGCAGCAGCAGCAGCAACAGCAACAACAAGAGCAACAGCAACAGCAGCAGACAAAAAAACUCAGCGCCUAGCAACAAGACAAAUUCAAAGCGAAUUGCGGCCAUGUGUAACGAGUUUCUCUGAUUUUUCAUAGAUCAAAAAGCGCAGCUAUAGGCCAAAGAUUGUAAAUAAUACAAUACAUACAUACACACACAUAUAUAUACAGAUAAAUAUAUAUAUAUAUAUAUACCUGCGAGUAAAAGAGCGAGAGAGAGAGAGAAAGCGAUAACUGUUAAUUGAACGAGCCAAGCGCACAACACAAGAAAGAUGAAUGCAAACGCAGCUCCUGCGAGCAGCCCACCCAAAUUCAAUGUAUUUGCCCAUGUCAAAUAUGAACAUCUGGUUGCCGGCGUCUCUGGCGGCGUUGCGUCCACGCUUAUUCUGCAUCCAUUGGAUCUCAUCAAAAUACGCUUUGCUGUGAACGAUGGACGCACAGCGACGGUGCCGCAAUACCGUGGAUUGGGCAGCGCGUUUACCACCAUAUUCCGGCAGGAGGGUUUCCGUGGCCUGUACAAGGGCGUAACACCGAAUGUCUGGGGCUCUGGCUCCUCGUGGGGUCUCUACUUCAUGUUCUACAACACCAUCAAGACGUUCAUUCAGGGCGGCAAUACGACCAUGCCCCUGGGUCCCGCCAUGCACAUGCUGGCCGCCGCCGAAUCGGGCGCCCUUACCCUCCUCUUAACGAAUCCCAUUUGGGUGGUGAAGACGCGUCUGUGCCUGCAGUGCGAUACGGCGAGCAGCUCCGAAUAUCGCGGCAUGGUACAUGCCCUGUCCGAGAUCUACAAGACGGAGGGCGUGCGUGGCCUGUACAGAGGCUUUGUGCCCGGCAUGCUGGGCGUCUCGCACGGCGCCAUACAGUUCAUGACCUACGAGGAGAUGAAGAACGCCUACAACGAAUACCGCAAGCUGCCCAUCGAUACCAAACUGGCGACCAGCGAGUAUCUGGCAUUUGCGGCAAUAUCGAAGCUGAUUGCUGCCGCAGCCACAUAUCCGUAUCAGGUGGUGCGAGCGCGUCUGCAGGAUCAUCAUCAUCGCUAUAGCGGCACCUGGGACUGCAUCAAACAGACUUGGAGAUUCGAGGGCGCGGUCGGCUUCUACAAGGGUCUCAAGGCGAACCUGAUACGCGUGGUGCCCGCCUGCAUGAUCACGUUCCUGGUUUAUGAGAAUGUCUCGCAUUUCAUGUUGGCACAAAAGAAACGCCGGCAGUCGGAGCUCUUGACGGUUAACAAUAAUAAAUGAGCCUGCAAAUUUUGGGGCUGGUUCUUAAUCAGACGAACAUGUUGAUCAUUGGCUCUAUUUUCUAUUAGCUACUUCUGUUUUAUACUUAUAGCUUGUUUAUAUUAUUUAAGUGUCUUGUCAAAUACUAUAAAACCUUAACUAUUAGUUAGAUUCUUUAAGCCUUCUGCUAUAAUGUACAACUUACGUUUUUGGAAACGAUAUUCCUACACAAAAGCAUUGUUAUAUUUAGAAAGUAGCUUAAGUAGACGACGACAGUAAUAGAAAUUACAUUUAAUUUAUAUAUAUGCCAAGUGAGAGUUGAGAAGCAUCUACUUGUAUCCAAAACGCCAGUGAGAACCUCGCAUUAAAAAUGUGCUUUGCAUUGAUGCAAUGAAAACUAAUUGUAAUUUAACA